AUGACGUUGUCGGAUAGUACUUCACCGGAAUGCCGUAUGCGACAGGAAAUGUACGCAUAUAUCUAUGAACACCCAAUAGUGCAACAGCUUUUGAGUAGUUAUAAUCGUACAAAGGGAACCGGAGGUAUUAUGGGUCGAACACUGCAAGACGUCGAAAAUCGUGUGACUGAUGCAGCCACGAAGGCUAUGCCGUAUUACGAAUAUUAUGUACAACCGAGUGUAGAUGCUGUUCAUUCGGUUGUCUACAGAGGAGUUGAAAAUACUAAACGCGUUGUCGAUGUUACCAAAUCAACGGCAGUUACCACAACCACGAUCGGUAUUGGUGCGGCAGUAGUUGUUUCCCAGCUAAUGAUAUCGUUAGGAUUAGCAGGUACAAACUGGCUAAUUGACAGUGCUGUUGCCGUUAGACAGGCUGGAGGGAAUGCAGUUGAAAGAAUCAGAGAGACAGAAAAAGUACUGGAGGACCGUUUUCGCAACUAUGUCGGAAGAGCCCAUGAUUUAGCACAGGUACCUAUUUCUAAGCUCACGGAUCAGGCCAAUAUUUUUUUGGAUGUUGCUAAUAACGUUAUGGAUCGCCUUCUUGGGAUAGAGGGUGCACCCGACCCAAUAGACUCCCCAAUAGGUACUCGUUUGUACCGUAUGGUGUCACGGUUCUCGCAAGUGCUACAAAGCAGAGCUCACGACAACUUAAUCGACCCGGUGGCGAACCAGUUACAUAUCACUAUGCAGCAGCUCAAUUCGUAUAUGAACCUGGUAGACUAUGUUCACCAGCGCAGGGAAUGGGUUUUCCAACGUAUUGAAGGGAUGCAAACUUCUGUAAAUGAAAUGAAAACAAAUAUUGAAGCUCAGGCAAGUAAACUAAUGAACCGGCCAGAGCUUGUGUUGAUGCAGUCUGUACGUACUACCUCGCAAAGUGUUAUUGAAAACGUUAAUGCACUAAAGGAAAGAGGAGCACAACUUCUUGGCGAGAACGCUGUCUCAAAGCUUGACAAUGUCGCCUCUUACCUGCAACAGUUAGAAGAUUCAUUUGCAGAAGCAAAUAACCUGUACGAGUUGAGAGAUGAGGUUGCAUUUCAAUCUACUUUUGACUGA